CCUGUGAACGAUCCUGUAUUCAGCUAGCAAAAAUAUGCAUUAAUCGAGAAACAACUACUGGUCACAGUUCUAUAUUGGCAUACACUGUGGGGGACUUGGCUGGCACUUCAGACGGGAAUGCGAGGCAACAAGCUGCGCCAAGGCUUAGCCACGAUGUUGAGUCAUCUAUGUUGAAGCAGAGUCGCUCCCGUAUUUCUUUUUAUGGGCGAAAGAAGACUCAAUGAUCCGAAGUAGAAGUCUCUUCAACUGUGUCUCACACUAUAAGGCCAAUCGACUGUCGGUUUCGUCGAGAUAUCUGGUGAGACCGCUCUCAUCUUUCGUUAAAAUGGCUUCAGAGGUGGUAGACUCUGCGCCUCCUUCCAGUGCAGAUGGUAAUUCGAUAUACAUACCACGCUAUGUUGAUAUUGGAAUAAACCUCGCGGAUCCCAUCUUUCGAGGUAUAUAUCAUGGCAAGGAGCGGCAUCCAAAUGACCUGCAGGCCGUGAUAUCGCGUGCGCAAGAGGUUGGCUGUCAAAAGCUGCUUAUCACCGGAUCUGACUUCAAAAGCUCAAGAGAUGCACUCGACAUAGCCAAAGAAUACCCGGGUAUCGUAUACACAACAGCUGGCGUCCAUCCCUGUUCAAGCGCCAUCUUCAGCUCAUCACACGCCCAUCACGAUGCACAGGAGUUCACGAUGCCGAAUGACGCGGACCCAGAGAAGCCCGUCUCAGAGGACCACGAGCCGGACGAAGCCAAAACAACAAAAAUCAUCUCCGAGCUCCGCACUUUCAUCGAGUCAGCAAGGAGCACGCACCCAGGCGCCCUUGUCGCCUUCGGCGAGUUCGGUCUCGACUACGACAGGUUGCACUACUGCUCCCGCAAAGUGCAACUGCAUUCUUUCGCAGCGCAGCUGGACCUCGUGCUCUCGCUCCGCCCCCAGCCGCCCUUAUUCCUGCACUCGCGGGCCGCGCACGAGGAUUUCGUAGGGCUGCUGAAAGCGAAAUUUGGGUCUCGACUCGAAAAGCUCGAGCGCGGUGGGGUUGUGCACAGCUUCACGGGCACGGCGGCGGAGAUGCACGAGCUCGCCGAUUUGGGGCUGUACAUCGGCACGAACGGAUGCAGCUUCAAGACAGAGGAGAACUGCACCGUCGUGAAGGAGAUCCCGCUGGACCGGCUUAUGCUCGAGACUGACGGGCCGUGGUGCGAGAUCCGGCCGACGCAUGCUGGGUGGCGGUAUCUACUGGACGCCAAGGCCAAGGCUGAGGGUAUCUAUGCAGGUCUGGACGUCAACGGUGACGACUCCGCGCAAGCAACGCCGGAAUCUACACCCGCGUCCACGGUGGUACCGACGCCCAGGACGGCGACGCCUAAUCCGCAGCAAGAAGCUUCUGCGCCUGCACAGGCGAAACCCGCUAAGCCGCCGAAAAAGCCGAAGAGAAAGGAACCUGAGGUUCCUGAGCGCUGGCGCUUCGUGAAAAAGGAGAAGUGGGUCGAGGGCUCUAUGGUAAAAGGUCGCAACGAGCCGUGCAUGAUCGAGCGUGUCGGACAGGUCGUUGCUGGUGUGCGGGGUGAGCCACUGCGCGAUGUGUGCGAGGCUGCCUGGGCGAAUACUGUGAAGGUCUUCGGGCUUGAUGAAGAUGGAAAGGCCUGAAUAAUGAUGGACGGUGAUACCCUGCGUAUGGAAAUGAGAUUCUAAGGUCUUAUAGUUGAACUUCUACCUCCAGAAUAGAGUGCCAGCCCUAUGGAGUUGGUCUACGUAAAGAACGUGCGUCAAGAGCUCUAGACUUAUAAAUAGAUAGAUGCGAGGACGCGUAACAUCUGCCUUGACUUUGUCUAGACUAUUCCAUUGAUAGCCCAAAUGAUUGUAAUAGACAUGA